UUUGAAUUUUCGUAGAAACAUGUUACCCAUUUUCGUGUUUACCUUGUGCAUUUAUGGCUUCAAUGCACAACAAUUUAAUCAAGGGGGUGGUUUUCCAAACCAGCAAUUUGGACAACAAGGACAAUUUCCAGGCCAACAAUUUGGACAACAAGGACAAUUUCAAAACCAGCAAUUUGGACAACAAGGACAAUUUCCAGGCCAGCAAUUUGGCCAGCAGGGAAUAAUUGGCCAAAAUGGAUUUCAGAAUCAAAUUCCAGGACAGUUUCCUGGACAGCAGGGAUUUAAUGGAGUUAAUAAUUUUGCACAAAAUCAACAGUUUAUACAACAAAGUGUUGGUAAUCCGAACAGUUGUCAUGUAAGAGGAUGUGGAAUUGGACAACAAUGUGUUUACAGAAGUAACGUGGGACUUCCUUAUAUAUGUCCUACAUGGAUUCCAGUGCUACCUUGUCAAUGUAUUCCUGGCUGCAGGGCUCAGAAUCAAUUUAUACAAGUUGGACAAACAAAACAGAUUGACACCUGCGGUAACAGAUGUACUUGUAAUACACAAAAUGGACAGGCGUCGUGUACACAGAUUGCUUGUAAUCAAGCCAGCCCCGGAACACAACCACAAACGAUUGGCACUAUUCCUGGAGUUGUCCCAGGUGUUGUUCAGGGAGGUAUACCUGGUGCCAUUGGUGGUGUGCCGGGUCAGGUCGGAGGUAUACUUCCGGGUGGUAUACAAGGUGGGCCACAGGUUCCAAUCGGAAAGAAAAAAUAAAUUCAAAACAAGAACUGAAAGUACCAAGUAGAUCGCAUAGAGUUAAUUCAAGAACUGGCCAUGGAGUAUCGGUACAUAGUGUAUAAAAAUACACGAGAGAAUGAUAAAAAUAACAGUUGAAUAAUAUGAUACAAAAGUCCCAUUAUAUAAUUUGCUUAUUAUACUUUCACCUAAAGAUUACUUUGUUGUAUAAAGUAUUGUAUAUAAUAAUGUGUUUGAUCAUUUGAUUUUAAAGAUAAAAAAAACCUGUUUUUUUUUAAUCAUUGUAAUAAAAAAAAUGUGAAAUCAA